CUCGACAAUUUAGUGAUGGGAAACCAAGGUUUUCUAUCAAAGGGACUCCCAUUAAUCACUUUCUUGGCACAUCCACCUUCAGGCUGUCUUGCCAAGAUCAAUCGCCUGGUACCUUUGGAUAAAGUUGGCAUCCUUAGUUGUGGCAUCUCAACAGGUUUGGUGUCAUACUCAAAGCAUUAUGGUCAUGAUUUAUGUAUCCAAACCACCCUGAAUGUAGCAAAACCGAAGAAGGGAUCUUCAGUUGCUGUCUUUGGACUUGGGGCUGUUGGCCUGGCUGCUGCUGAAGGUGCAAGAAUUUCUGGGGCAUCACGGAUUAUUGGGAUCGACCGAAAUCCCAAGAGGUUUGAGGAAGCCAAGAAAUUUGGAGUAAAUGAGUUUGUGAAUCCAAAGGACCAUGACAAACCAGUGCAAGAGGUUAUUGCUGAGAUGACAAACGGUGGAGUUGAUAGGAGCUUAGAGUGCACAGGCAAUAUUGAUGCCAUGAUAUCGGCUUUUGAAUGUGUUCAUGAUGUAUGUUUUCUGGAUUACAGCAGCUACAUUUUGAUUGCUAAUAUUGUAGAUACAAUGUGGCCUAGUUGUGUUGGUUCCAUGAUGAAAAUUUGA